UAUGAAGCGAACUCUGUUCUACGCUCGCAAUUUUCUUCUCUUUCCUCCCAAAUUCAACGCAAGCCAUAAAAUUUCACCCAUUCAACUUGCUUUUUCAGCUCGGCCGACAGUCAGGUUCUAUACAUCCGAGUCUGAUUCAUCCAAUUUUGCCCGAACUCAGAACGAUAAUGGCGGCGCAGAUGUUGAGGAUGUCAGCAACGAAGAGCUUAAAAGGAGAAUAGAGAAGUACUUUGAGGGAGAUGAAGAGGCCAUACCAUCAAUAUUUGAAGCCAUUUUGAGUAGGAAGUUGGCAGGGAAGCAUGAAGAGAGUGAUGAUGAAUUGAUGGAAGAGAUUAGACACAAAAAUUCAGAGGAAGAUCAUGUCAAAGAAGAAGAAGAGUUUGAUUCCGAGCAAGAUAACUAGUCGGAACA